CUGCCUCUUGACAAUCUUUCACCUUCUCCAUCCCUCUUCUUCCUCGCUCCUCAUCUGCUUGCCACUUCUUGAUACCUAAACUCCUCCACUCCAGAGGCUCUUGCCGCGUACACUAGACUCUACACCACCCUUUCACUCAGGUCGCUCUCGCGCACCUGUGAAGUGCUGCUGAUCCUCGGACACCAUCCUGUCAUCCGAGGAUCAUGGAAAUCGCUAAGCAGGCAGUGCGCAGUCUCUAUCAGCGAAUCUCUCUGAUGACACUGUCAUUCGUACCUCAACAGGGGAUGGCGCCGAAGGAGAUCUGUCGACAAGAGAUCUCGUUUUGAGUCUGUCGCGAAGAGACAAAAUCUCUGUAAGGCCAUUAUGGACUCCCUUCUCGCGUGCAAGAUUGAUCCAUACGUCAUCGUGGUAGGAGGCACAGUACGUCCCUCCGCAAAGCAAUUCUUCGCUGCUCCCCGAACGCACGCCCCAAACCCUGCGUCCGGAAGCCCGUCCGCAUUUACAGACCUCAGGCUGACCAGGUUCCCGUUCGAGGUCCUCCUGUUCGGUUCAGAGCAGGAUGAUGAGCUUACAGGUCCUGCCCGGUGGCUGGGCUAUUGCAUGGGCGACGGUACCCACAACACAACUUGUGUCACUACUGCAGACCCUGAGGUCAGGCAGAAGGUUCAUCAGCUCGUCGCGGCACGAGCCACGACUGUUGGGAUCAAUACCGAAUUGGACUUUAGCGUCUCGGCAUCUUUGCCAAUCACAAGCAGAAUGGCAUCCCCGAGGUGUACCAUACAGCAACCAAGGUCACUAGAGCAGCUCUAUUGGCGGGGGUGAUGGAUAGCGACGGCUGGACAAAAGAGCAGCAGGCAGGAUCACAAGUCCUGCAGAUAGACCAGCAUCAAUGAACUAUAGACGACAUACGCCGCCUCGCUUUGUCUUGGGCAUUCGGCGCGGAAAGCUGGGGUCUG